GAUGCUAUUUGUGCAUUGAUAUUCCACAAAGACUUAGAAAGUCUUCCAUGGGCCAUUAGCUCCCGUCCAAAUAUCUAUACAACCAUUACUUCACGUAGUUUGUUCGUCAUAGCAACUCAUAUUUCGUCUCAUUUUUCUUAAAAGUUGAGGUUGAAUCAUGGGAAAUCAGUGGGUUUGGGGGCUUCAUCUUUUUUUCUUAAGCAUGUUUUUGGUUGGAACAAAAUAUACUUGUCUGGGUGCUCAAAAUUCGACAAGAAGCUGCCAUGAACAAGAGAGACUAGCACUACUCAAGUUCAAACAGAGCGUCAAAGAUGACUAUGGAAUGCUCUCUUCAUGGGUUGGCAUUGAUUGUUGCUCAUGGAAAGGAGUCCGCUGUGAUGGUGCCAACGGAAGAGUUGCCGGUCUUCAUCUCAGAGGAAAUUACGCCUAUGAAUAUGAUUACUACUUAGAAGGUGAUAAGGUGAACUCAUAUUUGGCUGAGUUAAGACAUCUGCAACAUCUGGAUUUGAGCGGAAAUAAUUUUAAAGACAGUCAGAUUCCUAAAUUCUUUGGAUCCUUCAAGCAGCUAAGUUACCUCAAUCUCUCUCUUGCAUUUUUUAAUGGUAUUAUUCCCCAUCACAUUGGAAAUCUCUCCAAUUUGAAGGUUCUUGAUCUUCGUUCAAAUGAUAUUCUCACGUCAAAUGAUAUGGCAUGGGUUUCUGGCCUUUCCUCACUUGAGCAUCUUGACUUGAGUGGCGUAAAUCUUUAUCAAGCAAACAAUGUUGAUAUGGUAUUUUACAUGAUUCCUUCAUUAACAUAUUUAAGUUUGAGAGGUUGUGACCUUACUAAUGCUGAUCUUGGUCUUCACCUUAAUUCAAGUAAAAUACUUCCCACCAUUGAACAUUUGGAUCUUAGCUCCAACAGCUUUGAAGGUCAACUCCCUCACUUUUUUCAGAACUUGACAUCUUUAACGUUCCUUGAUAUUUCAAGAUAUAAUCUUAGUCUGGCAUGGAACUCUGUAAACCUGCUAAACACGAUUCCUUCUUUAUCUAAAUUGCAUUUGUCAGAGUGCGGGCUUCACAAUGCCCCCUUUUCACCCAAUUAUUUGAAUUCCAGUGCCCAUUCCAACAUACAAUAUCUUGAUCUUAGCUUUAAUUCAAUUGAGGGUAGAUUUCCAUCUGAAUUAAUGAACAUCACUUCCUUAAAAGUCCUUGACCUUUCAUUCAACAGUUUGAACUCAUCAAUUCCUGACAUGCCUAACCUUCUAAAGCUCGAUGUUUCUGCUAAUUACCUUGAGCACAUCGAGCUUGUUGGGAUUUGGAGACGAUGUCAUCUGAAGGAAUUGAGCGUAUCAUAUAAUUAUUUUGGAGGAGAAAUGAUAGGCCCAUCAUCAAACACGUCUGAAUGCUCCCACUAUGCUUUAGAGGUGUUGGAAGCAGAGAAAAGUGAAUUAAACGGUUCGAUUCCAGAAUCAUUGGGAAGAUUAACAGGUUUAACUGAUUUAGAUCUGCAAUCAAACCUGUUAACAGGUCCAAUCCCAGAAUCAUUGGGAAGAUUAACAGGUUUAACUCAUUUAAAUCUGCAAUCGAACCUGUUAACAGGUCCAAUCCCAGAAUCAUUGGGAAGAUUAACAGGUUUAACUCAUUUAAAUCUGCAAUCAAACCUGUUAACAGGUCCAAUCCCAGUUACAGUUGGGCAACUCACCAAACUCGUUGACUUAGAUGUCUCUGAAAAUUCUUUAGAAGGAGUGGUUAUGGAAGCCCAUUUUGCUAACCUCUCGAUGUUGCAGUCGUUGGAUACAAGUGCUAAUCAUCAGUUGAUUUUUAAUGUCUCACAUGAGUGGAUACCUCCAUUCCAACUGAGGAGUGUUCAACUUAGUUCUUGCAAGAUUUUAAAUGGAUUUCCACACUGGUUGCAAAAUCAAAGGAUGCUUGUGAAUCUGGAAUUGUCUAAUGCUAGCCUAUAUGGUCUUCCACCAACAUGGUUGCAGAAUAUGCCCAGGCUUAAUAAAUUAGAUCUCUCUCACAACAAACUCAUUGGAUCAAUUCCAUUUAGCAAAUAUUUCAUGUUUUUAAAUCUACAAGACAACCUUUUCAAUGGGUCAAUUCCAAGGUCAACGUGUAGAAGAACAAGCUUGAUAACUCUUGAUGUUUCCAGCAAUCGGUUAUCUGGAAAUAUUCCUGAUUGUCUAGAGAAUCUACAACACAUGAGGAUGCUUAUACUUAGUUCAAAUGGGUUGUCUGGGGUCCUCCCAAGUUCUUUAGGAAAUAUUUAUUUCUUGGAAUGGUUAAAACUGAAUGACAAUAACUUCAAUGGCCAAAUACCACAAGACUUGGGAAAGUUGGGAAACUUAAAUGUUUUGGAUUUGGGCAAUAACAAAUUCUCAGGAAACAUACCAAAAUGGAUUGGAAAAGAACUUUCAGAAUUGAGGAUUCUCAGGUUGCAUAAAAACAACUUCACAGGAGGUAUUCCUCAUUCUUUGUGCAAAUGUUCACAUCUUCAUAUUUUAGACAUCGCACACAACAACUUUACAGGAUCCAUCCCUCGUUGUUUUGGAGAGUUGAGCGGGAUGGUUGAGGCAAGACACGCAUUUGAUUUUCAACCGUAUGAAGAGGAGUUAAAGCUGAUGGAUGUGAUUCAAGUAUUUAAAGGAAUCGAGCUUGAAUAUACAAAAACAUUGUAUAUAGUUGUUAACAUGGACCUUUCAAGCAAUAAACUUACAGGGGAAAUCCCUGUAGAGCUAACUGCACUUGCUAUGUUGAUGGGUCUCAAUUUGUCUCAUAAUCAUCUGAGUGGGAGUAUUCCAGAUAGCAUCGGAAACAUGAAGGCGUUAGCAUCUCUUGACUUCUCAGACAACCAACUAAGCGGGACGAUCCCUCCAAGCAUGGCUGCUUUGAACGAUUUGAGCUCAAUGAAUCUGUCACACAACAAACUGUCAGGAAGAAUUCCAACCGGAAAACAACUGCAGACACUUAUCGACCCAUCAAUAUAUGCUGGUAACAGGGACCUCUGUGGUGCACCUCUGCAAAAUAAUUGUUCCAAUCCUGAAAACCCACCAGCCACAACAAGCAACAGGUUUUUGUUUUACAUGGACAUAACGUAUGGAUUUGCAACAGGUUUUUGGGGUAUUAUUGGAGUUUUGGCAUUCAAGAAGGAAUGGAGAAGGAAGCUUUUUAUGAUUGCAGAGGUAACCAUGGAUAAGGUAUAUGUGGCGGUUGCAGUGAAGAUUUCCAAGAUUAAAAGAGGCAGAGAAGCCUAACAGAUUCUUAUAAUAGACAAUAUUUGUAAAAUUGUUGUUUUGAUUUAAAAUACUCUUCUGUUGUGUAAUAUAUUUAGACCAUGGGUGUGUUUAAUACAAAUAAAAAUAUUACAAUACACGAGAUAGAAUACAGGUGACAGAUUACAGAAGAAGUGGACUGAAGAUUAGACAUGUAAAAAGCAACAACAGGAGCAAUGAUGAUUACCGAGAGAGAAACAAUCCAAAAAGAGGUAUAUUUUUCGUUGUUUAGAUUCUUUAUCGUUCUGUAGUGUUUCCUGCAAAAUCUUUACAGAAUACAAAGUCAUUAGAAUCUGCAAAACCUAUACAUAAUAGAAAGCUACGUAGAAUUGAU